GCUGGAUUGCUCAUUAUAUACAGGCGCUUUCUCUUUUAAUUACAUAUAAAUCAUAUAAUCUAAGGUUAAAAAUGAGUCAGUCUUGUCAAAUUGUACCCUGGUUUGAUAGCAAAGAGUGGUUUGAGGUGUAUGAAAAGAUUUAUUCUUCGCCCUCGUUAAAAAGUAAACAAGAAGCACUUGAAAUAUUAUUAGUGUGGAAAGCGAGAUGUCCCUCUCUCCCGGCUGGCAUCGAGUCUACCCUUGGUCUACUGGAAGUUCACAUUCAGGAUUCUACACAAGGAAAUGAAAAAUUACUUCGCUUGGCAUAUGCCACUGCAAUGAUGCGGUUUGUCAAUCACAUGCUUGAUGCAGAAAUAGCCAAAGGCACGAGUUUACAUCAGGCGGCCAGAGUUUCUGAUGUUCCAGAUUGGAUCAUAGAUUUGAGACAUGACACUGCACAUAAUAAUGUUCUACCAUCAAUUGAGAUACUCAGAGAAGCAUCAUUAAUAGGCCUGGAAUGGUUAAACAAUAAUUAUUGGUUAAAGCAUAGAGAAUUUAUAAAAGAUUUUGUAUCUGGCCAUAAGGAAAUAAAUAGUACAGAUGAAAUUAAAAUAUCAGUUCUAAUUAAUUUCUGUACAACAUUGAGCAUAUGUGCAAGCCCCAGCUGUAAAAUAAAGAAUGUAAGCGAUAUUACUGACAACAAUAUGAGGGAAGCUAUUAUAAAUGAUGCAAGGGAUUUAUUUGCUAAUAGUAUGGACUUUUCCAACCUCAAAACUGUAUCUAUUGUGUCUUUAGUCAACACUCUAAAUAUCAAUGCUAAGAGACUGCUAAAAUCUAAAAAUACACCUGCUUUAGUGAACAAAGCUUUGACUAGUGAGGACUCACUAUUCCUAUCUUCGGACCUGUUACAUUAUUUGUGUGAAAAUGAUUUUUAUAUCAAAGGCAAGCUCAGUUUUCAGUAUGUUCAGUGUUUUGAAGUACUGCUCACAUUCUUGCAAACAAAUGAUUUGCUAAUGGACUUUGUCCAAGAUUUAAUUAAAUUUACAAAUGAAGAAAAUGACAGUGAAAAACGCAAGCUUGCUGCUCUGUGGGUUUCAGAAAUAUUACAAGCACUGAAAAAAUCUGUGUUGUUCAGUCAUAAAAUAAAAGGAUCUGAUCCUGAUCAAACCAGAAAUAAGAAGAGGAAAGAGUUGAAACUCUUGUAUAAACAUUGGUUCCCGAAUGAGAAACAAAGUGGACUGUUGUUGGACCUCCACAAAGGUGUUCCCAGUGAAUGGAUGGAUAUAAAAUUCAUUCAACCUAUCAUAUCGGCAUACAACCCAUAUCUGAUUUACUUUAUUAAACCCCUACUAGAUUUGAUAGAGCCAAGUGUUCCCAAAAUAAAUAUUGAUAAAAUGUAUAAUUUAGCUAAAAUAAUCUCAACACCAGAGUCCGGUCCUGCACAUUCAACUAAAGUAUACACCAUUGAAGACUUGCAAUCAAGUCAAACUAGCAGAGUAGUAGCUCAGGAUCCAGAAUCGGACUGCAUGGAAAUAUGUGAGGAAGAGCUAUUGGAUAACACAACAGUUUGUGAAGAAGAGUUUCAAACUGGUAUUUGGCAAAGAGCUUCCUCAAAUUACAAUUGGUCCCUAUGUCCUGUUGGAAUUUUGCCUUGGCAAAUACAUAUUAAACAAUAGGACCUUAUAAUUUUGGAUACUGAAUAAAACAUUUGAUUCCACAGCAA